GAUCUAUUUGACUUGAAGUGGCUUUUCGGCUUUUCCGCCCUGUGAAUUGCCCAGACAGUCUCACUGGUUGACAACUUGCUGCUUCUACUCCAGUAACCAGUCAUCGCAAGCUUGCCAUUGAAAAGCUGUACAGUACCCAUCAACGUUUUAGCACGCUAGUAUGCAAUUGGUUGUGCGCCUACUACUAGCUAGUAGUAGAAGUCAUUGUCUCAUUGUUGCUGUGCACUUGCGCCGUGUAAAUCAAAGAGAUUGACUUGUUGUUUCGUGUUCCGUGUGAGAUUGGCAAGAGCAUGGGCACACACCGUUUCUCUAGUAGAGGAACGUUUCCAGCAACGUUUCCAGAAACAAUAGCUGAUCAUUGGCAACAAUAAACAGCUAUCCAGAAAAGAGGGCAAAGAACUACACUACUAGCAAGAAAGCCCGCCCGCAACCGCAUGAUAGUGCUCGAACUCAUUGCAAUCAAGGGCGUCAUGUCACUGUCACAGCACUUGCGGAAUCGGCAAAGACUCCAGGAAGUGCAAGAUGUUGAUAACGAGAAGGACGACGACGACGACGAAGAGCAGACAUUGCUAACGACGGCGUCGACGUUGCCAUCGACAAAAGCAACCACGCGGGGCUCACUGCUUGUCGAGCACUUGGAGCGACAACAAAAGGACGAGUUGGACUCGUUGUGGCUGGCUGCUGAUGAUGGCCAAUCGGAUUUGGUCUCUGUGAUUUCCUCGUCUCUGGAAUCAUCCCUAUCCUUGGCAUCGUCACGGGCUCACUGUAGUUUUCGACCCGCCGACUCGAUAUGCUUUCAAGACAUGGAAGAUCAAGUUUUGGAGCAACUCGAUCUGUCGAAUCGAGAUACAUACGACUUGACAAAACGAGUCCGAAGAGGAAAUGAAGAGGAGGAUUUGCAUGUCGCCAUACAAGCUGCGAUUGUGGCUCGAGAAAACGAACAACAAAGGCAAUCUACAACGUCGUCUCAGGGAAGCAGAAGAAUAGCACGAAUACCGCGUGCUGCAAGAACCAGGAGGAAAGGAUCCAACAAGAACUUGAAAAGCUUUCUACAAGAUCGACUUGGCACAAUGGCCAGAAACACCAAGGUAAUGGAAGGAUUUGUCCAGGAAAGAGUCGAUACAUUUGCAAGGAACGUAGAAACGCUAUCCAUGGCGGUCAAGGGGGAGUGCGAUGUCAGUGUUCCCCCCAUCACAGCAGAAAGGAACAAUGAUGGGAGGAGAAAGGGUACAAGAAGCAAUGACACGGGGGGCAACUCGUAGCUACUGUAAACAGCGAUAGCUAGAAACCCCUACAAUAAAUUUGAAUACAGACAAAUUGCACUGAUGGGUACG